AUUACUAUAAAAUGCACAUUUUGUUGGUCUCUCUGUUGGUCGUCCUCAGCGUACGAGGUGAUACCUCAGCUGAGGACGGUUGGAUCGGCUGGCAUCAGAAAGUUGGAAUCAAAGAAGCUGAACGAAUUAAAAUAGCCGAGGAGCAGGUUCUCGUAAGUACACCUAUAGUCGGAGGAGUGAUCGCGCCUAUCAACGCGCACCCGUACCUAGCCGGCAUCCUCAUCGACGUCAUUGGAUUAAGCGGACCUUCUGCCUGCGGCGGCUCGCUCCUGUCCCCUAACAGAGUGCUGACGGCGGCGCAUUGCUGGUUCGAUGGAAACUUCCAGGCUUGGAGCAUGACUGUUGUCCUCGGCUCACAGUUCCUUUUUCACGGAGGCUUAAGAAUACGCCCCAGCCAUAUUGUAAUUCAUCCCCAAUACGUUGCGAGAACGUUAUCUAAUGAUAUCGCAAUGCUAAGACUACCAACAAAUGUGCCGUUUUCUUCUAUAAUCAGACCCAUAGCUUUACCCUCUGGACAUCUUUUACAAGAAAAAUUCACUGGAAUAUGGACAAGGGCGGCAGGCUACGGACGAUAUUCCGAUCUGACAAGUCCGACUACCAACACUAUGGUGAGGAAUAUCUUCUUGCAAACGAUACCUCUGUCUCAUUGUAGAGCAGUGUAUGGAAACGUAGUGUUGGAUUCGAACAUCUGCACGUGUGGGGCUGGUGGUGUGGGCAUCUGCCAAGGAGACUCCGGCGGCCCGCUCACUGUCAACAUCCACGGAAAUGAAAUAUUAAUCGGAGUCAGCUCCUUUGUAGCCGGCGACGGGUGUAAACUCGGCUUCCCCUCAGCAUUCGCAAGGGUCACCAGCUACAUGGACUGGAUUACAAACAAUUUGUAAUACAUAACAAUCUGUAAAUAAUCUCCAAUUAAAUGUAAUGUCUUAAAGUAA